UGGUGCAUCGGGAUGCCAAAGCCGUCGGGGUCCAGCUGGAAGGGAGGCGGUGAUUGGUCGGGUUGUGCUUACAGCUGAGUCCGUCCGUUUCACGGUGCUGGAGGACGGAGGGGGGGCUACAGGGGAUCAUUUCCAUGGACCAUCUGUCUCGCUGGCUGCGCUCACAACAAAGAAGGACCCAGGAUGGUGUUAGUCCAUGUUGGAUAUCUGGUUCUCCCCGUCUUCGGCUCAGUUAGAAAUAGAGGAGCGCACUUCAGCAGGCAUCAGCACAGCCAUGCUACCUCCUGCCGACAUUUUCACCUGGGCGCUCCCCAGGCUCCCAUCUCAGCAGAAUUCCAUCUCGGACAUGCCGGCCAGCCCCCGCAGGCGGGCUUGGCCGCCCACCUGCCCCCUACGCACCACCCGACUCUCACUGCCCUGCCCGCACCCCCUCAGUUUCAGGACGUGCCAGGGCCUUCAUUCCUACCUCAGGCUUUACACCAGCAAUACCUCAUCCAGCAGCAGCUCAUUGAAGCGCAGCACCGCAGGAUCCUUCCCCACUCCUCCAGAAGAACCCAGGAGCGCAUUCCUCUGAAUUCUCAUCGGUUGCGUUCGGGUUAUGAGUACUCCCCUCCCAUCCACGUCCCUCAGCCAAUAACGCAGCAGCCACGGUACCUGGCUGAAGGCACCGACUGGGAUCUCAGUGUUGACGCUGGCCUCCCUCAUCAGUACCAACUCCAGCAGCUUCCGCAGCACUAUCAGCAUUACCUGGCCUCCCCUCGAAUGCACCACUUCCCCAGGAACACGUCAUCUGCCCAAGUGGUUGUUCAUGAAAUCAGAAAUUAUCCAUAUCCCCAGCUGCAUCUGUUAGCACUGCAAAGUCUGAAUCCCUCGAGGCACGCCACUGCUGUGCGAGAAAGUUACGAGGAGCUGCUGCAGCUCGAGGAUCGACUGGGAAGUGUCAGCAGAGGAGCUGUCCAAACAACCAUAGAGAGAUUCACCUUUCCACAUAAAUACAAGAAGAGAAAGCCUCUGCAGCUAAAGAUUGGGGAGGAGGAGGAGGAAACAGAUGUGGAUGAGAAGUGCACCAUCUGUUUGUCCAUGCUGGAAGAUGGAGAGGAUGUCAGGCGAUUGCCAUGCAUGCACCUCUUCCACCAGGGUUGCGUGGACCAGUGGUUGGCUACCAGCAGGAAGUGUCCAAUAUGCCGGGUUGACAUCGAAACACAGCUGAACCCCGACAGCUGAUGAGAUUUGACUCCUUGUGAUUCACUCAGUCUUGUGAGAUUCCUCUCUCUCUUCCAUCUCGGCUCAGCAGCCUUGCCCCGACCCCCAUGCCUCCUUCUCCACUUGGUGGGUGCUUUGCCAAAUGUCUCCAGACUUCACGCGACACGAAACACCCCCCCCUCUAAUUAAUGCUUUAUUGAGCCAAGCCAGGACUACACGAGAGGCCACGAAAGACUCUCUUUAUAUAGAAGCACAUCCUCUUGGGACGCAAACGACACUGGAACACAAAACCACACACUUUCUCAUGUACACAGGGUUUACUUGUAGCUUGCUGGUCGUGAGUGGGGUGUUGUUGCAGUUGUGGUGUUGUACUGUAGGUAGCCACGGGCUGUGUAGCAUGUCCUCAAAGCCAUGACUUUAUGUCUGCAGAGCGGUAAACACGUACCCCACCGAACUCUCUAUUUUCUCUAGUUUCUCUGUCUUUUUCUUACUCUGACAUAAACAUAAGCUUAACAGCUACUAACCGCUCUGAUGCCAUGUUUACCUAAAGAUCUCUGUGGUCGUAGUAGAGUAGCAGUAACCAAUAAGUGAUACUUGGUGGACUCUCGCCUUCUUGGGUCGAAGCACUAGCUAGCUGAGUGUUUUGAUUCCGUCAUACAGCUUUGACUUUUUGCAAUACAGUCGUACUUUUUGCUCUGGGCGGUGUCACUUGGUUGCCCUCUUGUGCAACCAGAACCCUGGUGACUGAGUGGUGUUGUGUCUAAAAUGUUAAAAAAUAGGCAGAAAGUGUUUUGGUUUUUUUUAGGAUUUUUAUUUUUUUUACCAAAAUGCAUUUUAUUAAGUUAGCUUGGGUCUGCACACAAGUUUUGUGUGUGUGCAGGCGUGUGUGUGUGUGUAACUAAACAAAUAUGUGUCAGUGGCAUGUUGAGUUUGCUUUAAGAGUUAAGAGGUUAAAUACUGCAGCCGCCAGAGCUCCUACAAGACACAAAACCAAAAAAAAAGAAAAAAAGGGAUGAAAUUACAAGUUCUUAUGCACUAGGCAUGGGGUGAUAUGAGAUUCUUAAGUUACCAUAACUUUCAGUAAAUACACCAGAAGGUCAAGGUUUACACAGUAAAUUGUUAUAAGAAUGUAAAAAAUUAAUUGUUUUAAGACAGAAAAUAAACAAUUAUUCCAAAUGCUUGUAAAAUAUUAGAACAUAUUGAAAAUCAGGCAUACUUUUAUGUUUGACAAUUGUUUUAGUUAUUUCACCUUUGAAGCACUGGGCUUCCUUUUGCUCAAUUUUACACACUUUUGGGCAUCUAAAUGAAAGGAUUGAAUGUUCAGCAGUUUUAAAACUGAAAAUAAAAAAAACCCUGGAUACCAGAGACUGGCCCAUGCCUCUCAUGCACUGCAGAUGUAGGUGGGAGGAUGUAGUUUUCCUUCUGCCUGCAUUUUUUUUUCACCUGAAAUUGACCCAAACGGCAAAACAAAGUGUACUGACAUGCAUGUUUCAUUGAGGUUUUUAACUGUCAGCUUUGGCAGUGUCACCUUAACUGGGAUGGGUGAAAAGAUUCCUGCGCAUGACUUAGUUAAUCUGAGCUCUGACUAUCUUCUCAACGCUAACAAAAAGAAAGAAAAAAAAAGGUCAGUCAGCGGCUGCUCCCCUGACUCGUAGCUUGUGUUCGUCCUGUCCCCCUUCGAUGACGACGGGACUCUCUUGAUGUUUACCUUAUUGCCUAUGAAGAGCAAGCACAUAUGAUAAUAGUUAUAGCAACAAGCUGUUUUCCUUGAACUUGCAUUAGAUGUAGAUCCAUGCAGUGUUUUAGAUGGGAGAGGAGCGUUUGGUUUGUUUUCUACAUCCUGAUCCCAUGUGUUUGUGUGACAGGCCUCCCUUUGUGGUUGCUUUGCUGGUUGCUACGCUGUACUCCUAGAACACAUAGGGCGUGAGGCGACGAAGGCAGCCUCGCUCUUGCAGUGCACACAGACACAAGACGACGCCACAGCAGGAAAAAACAAAAGAAAUCACUUCUUUUUUUUUUCUUCUUUCCUUCAGUCCAACAAAGCCAUGUUUUAAAGAUCACCUUCAGGACCCGCACCGUCCAAUGCACUGUGAUAGCAAAGGAUUAUUAGACCUUUCAGUUCCCGUCUUGUGCACUGCGAGUGUUGACACUGCCUCCUCCCAUGGUGGAGACAUCUGUGAUGAAGUUUUCAUAGUUUACACAGGGUGUUGUCAGCUGAAAUGCCUUAAGUAUUUAACAAUCAUAAUUUAUUACUAAUUGUAGAUAUUGUGGGGAUGUAUUUAAUUUCAUAGAGUUUUUUUUUUGAGAGUGAGAGAAAAAGAGAGAGAGAGCGACUGAAUCAUAAUUUAUUUAUUUAGAAAUAACGAAAAAAAAUGCUAUGAAAAAAACGAUUACCUCAUUUUUGCAUUGUUGGAAAUGGGAAUGCUUUGCAUGCAGUUGUACUUUUUGAACAUUUAAAGUAUAUUAAAAAAAAAAUAGAAAAAAAAUAGCCCUGCUGUUUGAUCUCCACAAGCUGGCUAUGCGAUGUUUACGGCCCCAGACUGAGCUACUGAGCCUGCUCUCUGUCUGUCUCCCAUGUGGUGCUGUGGAUCUUAGUUACAUUCCAUUCAAUGCAAUCUCUCUGAUCCCCCAUGCUGUGAUGUGGACAAACUGCAAUGAAGUGAAACAGUCUUUUAGUUUGUGUUCUGUUUUGCACUCACCUGUUUGAUAUACAUCGGAACCCUCUCACUGGCAAAAGCAAGCAAACAAAAAAAAAAAUCUUUUUGCUUAGACAAAUUAACUGGCUUUUAUUUUGUAUGCUCUCCUUCUUACAGCGCACUGUCUUAACGUCUUAUUCAAGCAUGUUCCUUUUUGGCCACUUUUGUAUUUGUCUUUGUCUUUGAUUCUAGCAAUCUUGGAUUCUGUUUCAAAAAAAACAAAAACAAAAAAAAACAAACUUCGAAGACAUAAGCAUAACAAGUGCCUCGCUUUAGGUGUACUGAGAUAUUUCCAUGACACUGAAACCACCAACAACAAUCAGUCCAUGAAGCCCCCUGCCUUAUUGGUUGCAUAAAUAAUUGAAGGAGUGGAGCUAAGACACUGAAAGCCAUUCUAAUUAAAGAGACGGUUCAGAUUUUGUUUUUUGGGGUUCUGUGGAGAGAUUCAGAGCAGAUCUUAACCCUAACCUUAGCUUAACUAGCACAUAAUGUUUUGCUUAAUGCUAACCUCUAUAGGUUAACACAAAUAUGAUGAGUAACUAUUUACUUAUUUAUUAAUUGUUCCACAAAUACCUUUCCUGCAGCCAGCUGCUUAGGAGACAUGCCACUCAUGGUUUGCUUACUGAACAGUAUUACCUUUUGAUGCGAUGAGUGACAGGAGGCAGCGCUCCUUUAUUUGGCACAUCAUGGUUGACUUUCACAACUUGGAAAGUUUUCAAAGACACAAAUUUGUUUUAGUUGUAAGUCGGGAAAUUUACACCAUCUGGCUGUAAAUAAGAGAGAAAAACUUAUUUAGGGACCUUUUCUAAUAUCUCAUUUGAAAGACUUUCUGAAACCUUGACACCUCAUAACUUCUCCAAAGAACGCCACUUCUUUUUGUAAAGGUUUUAUUGGCUCUAGUGGCCUUUAUUUGAUAGUUAAUUGACAGGAAAGUGGGUAAUGAGAGAAGGGGAAGACCUGCGGCAAAGGUCGCCAGGCAGGGAAUCAAACCUGCGACAGCCCCAUUGAGGACUAAGGCCUCCUUUUGUGGGUUGUGCUUAACCCCUGCGCCACCACAGCACAUCCAAGAACUCCACUUCUAAUAAAAAUAUCAAAACUCUCUUUAAAAUUUUUUGAGCAAACUGUUAUAAAGGCAGACUUUUACAGCAUUACUUUUAAAAUGUAUUUGGACUAAGAAGAGGCAUGUCUCACUGUUGGGUUUUCUAAAGGCCACAGUUUUGUUUUUUUUAAAAUUUAUUUUCCCUUCCUGUAUGUUUUCAUUGCUCUUGUUCCUUUUCACUUUCCGUCCCUCUUUUGCUCAAUCUGCUCCCUUCCUUCUCACAGUCUAAGCAAACAGACAUGGAUUACAAAGCACAACUUUUUUCUAAAAAUGCAUGUUUUCUCAGGUGCCAGUACAGUCGCGAUGAUUUAAUAGUACAUUGUGAAACUAUAUACAAAGAAUACAAAGAAGAAAAAAAAAUUUAAUUUCAAAUUUUUAAUUUCAUUUCAUUUUUUUUUCUUUUCUUUUUUUUCGUUGCUUGAUUCUGAAGAACAAACGCAAAGAGAAAAUAAGCCAAAAUGUGCCAGUGAAAGGGCUGCCGCCAUCCUCGUGUGAAGAUCUGCUAUCUAGCUGUGACUGCGCAGUGUUUGGGAUAUUUUAUCUGAAAAUAGAAGUAUUUAUCAUUAAUAUUAAAGCAAUAGCGCAUUAACAGUAAUGAGUGUGCUGAUGAAGAAACGAGUGAGAAUAUUAGAGGUAAAUGUUAGAUUCACAUGUGGUGGGAUUUUGUACUUAAUUUAUUAUUACUAAUAAUAAUGACAUAAUGAUUUCAAGGUUUGCAUUGCUAAGCCCAAACUCUCUUACUUUCUUUUUUAAAAUUGUUUUAAUUUCAUUCAUGGCUUGUAUAUUAUCCUUUUUUAUGUGCUCUUUUUGUAAUAAACUGGAUUAAACUGAAA